AUGGCUAAAUCAGCAAGUCCAGUAAAUUCACUAUCCACAAACAUGGAUAAACUAUCAGUGAGUGAUUCUAAGGAUCAAACGAACUUUAUAUUGCAAAUAGUCGAGGAGGAUAUAAGGUCCGGAAAACAUAAAGAGGUUGUAACCAGAUUUCCGCCGGAACCGAACGGUUUCCUCCACAUAGGUCACGCGAAAAGCAUAUGCUUGAACUUUGAAUUGUCAAAAAGGUUUGGCGGAAGAACCCAUUUACGCUUUGACGACACAAACCCAUUAACAGAGGAGGUAGAAUACAUAGAAUCUAUUAAAAAUGACGUGAGAUGGUUAGGAUACGAUUGGGGUGAACACCUCUACUACGCAUCAGAUUAUUUCGACCAACUGUACGAAUGGGCAAUCGUGCUGAUAAAAAAAGGACUAGCAUACGUAGAUGAUCAAAGCGUAGAGGAAAUAAGAGCAACAAGAGGCUCACUCACGGAACCAGGAGUAGAGUCGCCGUACAGGAACCGCUCAAUCGAAGAAAACCUGGACCUGUUUGAAAAAAUGAAAGACGGACACUUCCCAGACGGAAAAUGUGUGCUUAGAGCAAAGAUAGAUAUGUCUUCCUCGAACAUGAACAUGAGAGACCCGAUCCUGUACAGAAUAAUACGCUCAGCACACCCGAACACAGGAGAUAAGUGGAUAAUAUACCCAAUGUACGACUUCGUGCACGGACAGUCGGACAGCAUAGAAGGAAUCACACACUCAAUAUGCACGACGGAGUUUGAACUACACAGACCGCUCUACGAAUGGUUCCAGGAGAUGCUGGAUAUUCCGAGAACGAGACAGAUCGAGUUUGCAAGGUUAAACCUGAGCUACUGCGUGAUGAGUAAAAGGCUAUUACUGCACCUGGUAAACAAUAACAUGGUUGCGGGCUGGGAUGACCCGAGAAUGCCAACAAUAUCAGGGUUGAGAAGGAGAGGGUGUACACCGGAGUCAAUAAGAAACUUCUGCAGCAAGAUAGGUCUCGCAAAGAGAAAAAACACAAUACAAAUAGAACUCUUGGAGAACUGCAUAAGGGACUCACUGAACAAGUGCUCAAAGCGGUUCUUUGCAAUUCUUGAUCCGCUGUUGGUUGAAAUAGAAAACCUCGAUGACACGUUUUCAGAGGUGGUGGAAGUGAACGCGGACCCGGACCAUAAGCGAAAGCUGACGUUCUGUAAACACAUUUACGUGGACAGAAAGGAUUUUUCGGAAACACCAUCUAGUGACUUCUAUAGGUUGUACCCAGGUAAUGAAGUAAGAUUGUUUUACACUUACUGGAUUAAGUGUACGAAGGUUGUUAAAAACGGAGAUGUUGUAGAAAAAAUAAUAUGUGAGUACGAUCCAAAAACAAAAGGUGGAAAGCAUGAAGAUUCAACAAGGAAGGUAAAAGCAACAAUACAUUGGAUGAGUAAACACGAUUUAUGCCCAGCAACAUUCAGAUGGUACUCAAGAUUAUUCACGAAACCAGACCCGAAAGAAGGAACAAAAGGAGAACUGGGAUGGUUGGAAAAUUUAAACAAAGAAUCACUGAAGGUGUAUAGGGGAUACGUGGAAAAGAAAGCCACAGAACUAAAAGUGGGAGAUCCAAUACAAUUCGAAAGAACAGGAUAUUUCACAAAGGAUCCAGACAGCACAGAAUCGGAAAGCGUGUUCAAUCUGACGAUAACACUCGUGGACGCGCUCAUAAAAAACGUAGGCCUGAUCCACAACACAGUGGUCCUGGCAGGAUGGCUGUACGUGGAACUGCUGGUACUAUACGUCUUCCACAAACACCUGUAUAACGGAAAAAAAAUAGAUUUCAAGACCUUCAAUAAAAUUAACUUGUGGCGAAACGUGUCACAAGAGUAUAAGAUAGUAGUACUGGUAAACUCACUCAAUCUUCUGUUCCUCCCAGAUAGCAAAGGGGAGAGGAAGGAGUUCAUGUGGCUGCUGUUCAGCCACUCGAAGGCGGCGCUGAUGUACUUCGUGGCCUUCAAGCUGCUGGGAGAGGACGCGAACCUCCAGUGGAGCAUGAUGAACCUGCUGACGUUCAAGCUCCUCAGCCUCGUGGACACGCUCAACAGGUUUAGCAACUUCGUAGAGCAGAAGAUUGAGUUUUUGGAAUGGCUACACCACAUGCUGUUCAUGGUCCUCUAUCCCCUCAUAACACUAUCGGAGAUGAUGCUGGUGACAUCAUCAUUUAAGUUUCUGAAGCGGUUUGACAGAUAUAAGCUGUUUCCGUCCCCAAUGCCUAAUCGUUACAACUUCUACGUUAACCUGCAUCACCUGUACAGGCUGUUGCCAGGACCCAUGUUCAUAUACUCAGCAAUUUUUUACUUCACCAAAUGUAAACACACAUAA